CUGCCUUCGACAAUUUGUGCACGACUUGUUUCAGUCCAUUACGAUGACAUUCUCUUGGAAAUCGAGAGGUGUUACAAGAGUAAUAGUUCGGCAACAUCGCAGGAUGUUGCGAAUCGCCUCAGGACACGCGGUAUUGUUGUGAGUACAUCGCACAUAAGGAGGCUACGACACCGCUUAGGGUUCGAAAAAACGACAACCAAGUACUGUCACACAAUAAGGGACAGCAACAAACUGGCCCGUUUGGAUUUCUGCUCGGAAAUGCUUGCUGCGGGAAUGGCAUUUUCAGACUGUGUAUUUACCGAUGAAUGCACAGUGCAGAUUGACUGCUCAACAAAGUACUGCUUCGUGAAACGAGGAGACCAGUACUCGAGAAUGAGAAGUAGGGCCAAGCAUCCCGCAAAGGUCCACAUAUGGGGUGGUAUCUCGGUUAGAGGCACCACACAAUUCGCUAUACUACCAGGAAGCAGCCGAAUUGAUAGCGAACUGUACUGUAGAAUUCUAGAGAGGUGCUACCUACCCUUCAAGUCUGGUGUAUACAACGUCUUCUGCUUCAUAAGUUGUCUCAGGAAACGAGGCGUUCGAAAUUUGGACGACCUUAAAGUGGCUAUCGCCCAAUAUUGGAAGACACUAACACCUGAAGUUUGCACGCGAUACAUUCGUGGCAUUAAGAAACGGAUGGAGCGCGUAGUAGAACAAGAAGGACGAAACAUUAUUGAGGGUAGGUAA